CUUUUGUAUUCUACACACCUCAAGUUCUUUGUCAAUGGUGUCUUGAACCCAUCUCACAUGAACGAUUUUGAGCACUCUGGAAUGCUUCUAAUGUUCUUCAUCUUCGGUGUGGUCACUCUGCUCUCAGAAAAAAAAGGGUUUCAAAUGCAUUUGUCUUGGAAGAUUAAUACUGAAGUUGGUUGGAGGGACUUAAAAAAGUCUAGAGUUGCUAAUUAACUGUGUUAUGGAAGUCAUCAUAUCAAGAGAAAGUGCAGUGACCUUCUUGCUCAAAAAGCUUUCAAGCUUGGUCGAAGAAGAGUUGAAAUCAUUGGGGGAAGUUCAGGCAGAAAUUGUGUUCAUCAGAGACGAGCUUCAGAGCAUGAGUGCCUUCUUGAGAGUUGCUGAUGCAAUUGAAGACACUGAUCCAGAGCUCCAAACUUGGGUUCACCAAGUCAGAGACCUCGCUUAUCACACCGACAACAUUCUCGAUCAAUUCACCGUUCGUUUCGCUCCUCAUCACCAUCGCCAUGGAUUCUUCUAUGAAUCUGUCUACAAAAUUUAUUAUCAAAUUAAGAGCUUCAAAGUUCGUCGUCAAAUUGUUUUUGAGAUAAAAGACAUCAAAACCAGAGUCAUCGAUAUUGCACAGAGGCGUCAGAGGUACAAUUACAAAUUCAGGACCUUAGAGCAAGGCUCGACCUCCAAUGUGGCAAACAAUGGAGGAUGUUAUGAUCGAAGAGGUGAUGCACUUUUGUUAGAAGAAGCUGAGCUUGUUGGCAUCCAAAAACCCAAAAAACAACUCAUUGAUUGGGUCCUUGAUGGUGAUUAUCCACUCAAAGUGAUUUCAGUGGUGGGAAUGGGGGGGUUAGGGAAAACUACCCUGAUCAAGAAAGUUUAUGAGGAUGGGGAAGUGAAGAAACAUUUCCAAAACCAUGGUUGGAUCACUGUUUCUCAAUCAUUUACGAUUGAAGAGCUUCUAAAAGAUUUGAUUCAACAGCUCUUUGAUGAAGUCAGGCAACCUCUCCCUCAAAGGUUGGAAACCAUGGACAACAAUAAGCUGAAAGCAGUGCUCAAAGAGUUUCUUCAAGAAAGCAGCUAUCUGCUUGUUUUUGAUGAUAUUUGGAGCAUAGAUGCAUGGGAUGCUAUCAAAAUUGCAUUGCCAAACAGUAACUGUGGCAGCCGUGUGUUGCUCACAACGCGUAUCGGUAAUGUUGCUUCUACCUCUUGUAGAGAAUCCCAUGGUUAUAUCUAUGAAAUGAAAGCUUUGUCUCCAAAAGAGUCUUGGACUCUGUUUUGUAAGAAGACAUUUCAGGAGCAGGAUUGUCCUUCACAUUUAAUUGAACUUUCAAAUAGUAUUUUAAGAAGAUGUGAGGGCUUGCCAUUGGCAAUUGUGGCUGUUGCUGGUGUGUUGGCAUCAAAGGACCAAGGAAGGGUAGAUGAGUGGGAACUGGUGAAUCGCAACCUCGGUGCUGAAGUUGAAGGCAGUGAUAUGAAGAAAAUACUGCUGCUAAGUUACAAUGAUUUGCCUUACUAUUUGAAGUCUUGUCUCUUGUACUUGAGCAUUUUCCCGAAGGAUCAUUUGAUUGAAUGGAUGAGCUCAAUUCGAUUAUGGAUAGCAGAAGGAUUUGUGGAAGUACAAGAAGGGAAGACACUAGAGGAAGUCGCUGAGGGUUACCUCUAUGAGCUCCUAAAUAGAAACUUGAUUCAAGUAGCGAAAAUCAAGUAUGACAGGAUUAAAUGUUGCCGUAUACAUGACCUUUUGCGUGAAAUUAUUCUUUCAAAGUCAAAAGAUCAGAACUUUCUAACGAUUGCAAGAGAAGGAAGAGUGAGGUGUCCUGAAAAAGUUAGACGACUGUCAAUCCAUAAUACUUUGCUAGAGAUACCACAAGGCAAGUGUUUCUCUCAACUGCGUUCUUUACUCUUAUUUGGGGUAGAUGAUCCCAUGUCUGAGUCCUCCAUGCAUUUGUUGUUCAAUGAUGGGUUGAGUUUGUUAAAAGUUCUAGACUUCAGAAAUAUUUCUUUGGAGAGAUUUCCAGGUGAUGUGGUCAAAUUGUUCCAUCUAAGGUAUCUAAGCUUGAGAGGAACAAAAGUGAAAGUGCUUCCAAACUCGAUUGGAUUGCUUUGGAACCUAGAGACAUUAGAUCUUAAAAACACGUAUGUGAAGGAAUUGCCCGUUGAAAUUCUAAGGCUCCAAAAGUUGCGCCAUCUUUUGCUAUAUCGUAAUGAAAUUGGGCAUAUUUAUCUUCCAUUUCACCACAAACAUGGCUUUGAGGCACCAUCUAAGAUAGGAGGCCUACAAUCCCUACAAAAGUUGUGCUUCUUAGAGGCAAACCAUGUCAACGGUAGCGCCAUCGUGAAAGAGAUAGGAAGGCUCACCCAAUUAAGGAGGUUGGGAAUUUUGAAGUUGAGAAAAGAAGAUGGAGUGGGUUUGUGCUCAUCCAUUGAGAAGCUAAGCAACCUUCGCUCAUUAGAUGUAAGUUCAAUAGAACAGGAUGAGAUCCUUGAUCUACAAUCUCUGUCUCCAGCUCCUCAAUUUCUUCAACGACUAUACUUGAAAGGACGUUUAGAGAAGUUACCACAGUGGAUAACUUCUCUUCAUGGCCUCGGGAAUGUAUGUUUGUGGUGGAGCAAGUUAAGGGAUGAUCCGCUGAAAUGCCUUCAAGAUUUGCCCAAUUUGGUUAUUCUCUCUCUUGUUAAUGAAGCAUUUGAAGCGGAGGGAUUGUGUUUCAAGGCUGGUAAAUUUCAAAGACUCAAGCUUUUAGUCCUUGGAAGAUUAAAAGGAUUGAGAUGGUUGACAAUGGAGGAAGGUACAAUGUCUCGACUUGAAGAUCUAUUCAUCUGGAAUUGUGAACUGUUGGAGGAGUUGCCUUAUGGUAUUAAACAUCUAUCCAAACUUAAAUUACUUGAGCUGACCAACAUGUCUGAUAGAUUAAUUUCUAUGCUGAAUCGAGACAUACAAGGUGGGGAUUAUUGUAAAAUAGAACACAUCCCUUAUGUACGGAUUGGAGACUCAAAAGAUGGUCAUUGGAAAGGAGGUUAUCUCUAGAGAGAGUUUUUUUUUUUUUUUAAUGUUUAAUUGACUAGGUUGGAUCAUCAUCACGUUUAGUGCUGUUUCUUUUUCAUGUUCUUGUUAAUUGAUUUGGGGGCUUUGGGACUUUGGGGUGUUUUUGGUUGCUUUAGAGUCUAUUGGGCAGAUUCCAGUGAGUCAUGAGCUUGGGUUGGUUUCACUUGUUGCAACAAUGGGAUCUCUGGAAUUCAGGUCUUGAACCUGCAAAGCGCUAGGACUCAAAAUGAUAGAAGUUUCGAUAGAUGGUGAUGCGAUGCUAUUGAUGCAAUGUUACACAUUCAGGUU